GAGAAAAACACUGUGACUGUGAUAUGCUUGAGAAAGCCUUUAGUGAGAAAUCAGGUCUUACCAGACAGGGGAGAAUGCAACCAGGAGGAAAGCCUGAUGGAUGUAAUGUAAGUAAGAGAGCCUUAAGAAACUCACCCCACAUCCAAAAUGAGAAAAUUCAUGUGGGAGAAAAGACCCAUGGCUGUGGGAAAUGUGGGGAAACCCUUUACAGAAAGCCAUGCCUUACUCAGAACCAGACAACUUGCACAAAAGAAAAACCUAAGUGUACCGACAGCCAAACAGCCUUAAAGAAGUCGUGUCUGACCCUAAAUCAGAGAACUAGCUCAAGAGGAAAAAGCUGCAAAGGAAAUGAGUGUGAGAAAUCCCCAGCCCCCUCCCUCAAGGGAUCGAAAAGCGCUCGACAUCAGAGACUGUCCAUGGAGGAGAAACCUGAUGAGAGUGAAGAAGGUGAGAAGUCACCCCUUGGUGAAAAUCAGAGUGCUUGCAAAGAACAGAAAGCCUGUGAGUGUCGCAAAUGUGAGGAAGGCUGUCCCAAGAAAGCGGGUCUUACUCAACAUCAGAGCUCAAACCCGGAGAAAAAACCUUAUGCGUGCAAGGAAUGUGACAAAUCCUUCAUGGUGAAGUCAAACCUCACUGAACACCAGAGAACUCACACUGGAGAAAAACCAUAUGAAUGCAAAGAGUGUGGGAAGUCAUUCUGCCAAAAAUCUGCCCUCAAAGUACACCAGAGAACUCACACAGGAGAGAAACCAUAUAAAUGCAAUGAAUGUGGGAAAACCUUCUGUGUGAAAUCGAACCUUACGCAGCACCAAAGGACCCACACAGGAGAGAAGCCGUACAAAUGCAGUGAGUGCUGGAGAUCCUUCUGUGUCAAGUCCAACCUUGUUGUGCAUCAGAGAACUCACACAGGAGAAAAACCCUACAAAUGUCCCGAGUGUGAGAAAACCUUCUACGAGAAAUCUGCCCUCACAAAACAUCAGCGGAUCCACACAGGGGAAAAACCCUAUAAAUGUAAUGAAUGCAAGAAAAACUUUAGCCAGAGGUCAGCCCUCACCAAGCAUCAGAGAAAAACACACAAGAAGAAAGCAUCCACCAGUAGCCUUCAUGGGCAGAUACCAGAAUCAACAAGCAAAGCUCAUUGAACAUCAACAAAAUCCAAGAGUGGGCAUGCUACCAUGACAACGAGUGUAGGAAAGUAUUCCCUAACAGGUUAUUGGGAAAAGAAACUAGAGAUUUAAUGUAGGAUUGAAAACAUAACAAUGUUUCAAACAUGUGAAUACUUCCAACAGGUAUUUGAUGUUGUUGAUGGAAAAAUAUAUAAUUUUAAUGAAUAUGGAGAAAAAUGUCCUUGUGGAAAUAUUGUUUAGCUAGAAGUUAUAUUUCAGAUAUGAUGUGAAACUCAUUACAUGACAGAUAACAGAACGCCAUCUGUUCGUAACAGAAAAUGAAAUAUGGAUCUUUCAUAACAAGGAUAAUUUAGGUUGCUGAUUCAGUUGUAAUAAACAGCCAUCUUUUGCCUACCCAUCUUGAUUUUCUUCACCAUAGUCUCUCCUCUGCUUCUUAGAAGUUGAUUUAAUUUUUUCCAUAGUAAAGAGGACACUGACCAAGAAAAAAGAUCACAGUGGAAAAGACCAAAAAAACAAAACAAAACAAACAAACAAACAAAAAACGUACAGGAAUCUAAGCAUUGGAAGUGAAACGAUGCCAGGAACAGCUAACGGAAGCAGCAUGAACAAGAAAUCUCUAUGUUAAAGAUGGGGUCAUUGAAUGCUGAGUUAAAAACUAUGUCCAGGGCCAGCAAGUUGGCUCAGUAGUAAAGGCUCUUGCUACACAAGCCUGAUGACCCAAGUUUGACUCCUGGAAGCCAUGUAAAGGUGGAAUGAGGGAACUGACUCCACACAGUUGUCCUCUGACCCCAAACAUGCAUUGUGCCACACACAUGUUCACACACACACACACACACACACACACACACACACACAAUAAAAUUUCAACAACAACAACAAUAACAGAAACACUAGAUCUAGCAACAGGUGGUUUGUAAAAGAGAAGAAGGGGAGAGGAGGAAGAAGAAAGAAAUUUAAAGUCAGUUGAAAAGGGAAUUUGAAAGUUAAAAGGUAACAACUAUAUGUAUUUUUAAAUCUAUCCAAUAAAGUGUGACUUUGUAA